AACGCAAAGUGUGAGUUAAAAUAAGCUUUUGCUAACAUUUAUUCACCGGCUGAAGGAAUUGUCAAAAAGGCGCCUUAAAGCUCAAAAUGACGGACUUGAGAAACCCAGGCUCCGUGUUUGGAGAUUCAACAAAGCUCACAUUUUCUAACCACACUUUUACCAAAAAAGAGUUGGUUAUGGUUGCAGCCGGUCUGGUUGCUCUCGUCUUUUGUCUCGUGUUUGUGGGAUUGUACGGAGCGAAAGUCAAUAGUAAUGACGCUUCGGGUAAUGUCAUGCCGACGGCAUCGCCUUUAAGGACGGACAUCUGUAAGAGUGUGAUAUGUCUUGAGACAACAGCAUCUGUUGCAUCCUACAUGAACAGGUCUGUACAACCAUGUGACGACUUCCAUACGUACGCUUGUGGAGUCUGGCCCCAGAAAAACCCAAUCGUGGAUGGUUUUGUUGGUAACACUCCUAUCACGGUUAUUUACAACAAGAACAAGGAAAAACUCCGAAGACUUUUGGAAGAUCCAGUAACAGAUUCUGACAUAUCGAGUGAGGUCAAACUGAAGAAACUGUUCAAGUCAUGUUUGGACGAUUAUGGUAAGAUGAUCAAAGGGGCCAAUCCCUUCCUGACAAAAGUUCUGAUACCAGCUGGAGGAUGGGGAGUUUUGAACAACAUGGACGUGAACUGGGAACUACAAACUGCCCUGGAGAAGGUUCAUGUGGACUUCUGGGUGGACGCCCUGUUUGGGUUUUACGUGGGAGUAGACUGGAAUAACCGAGCUAACAGAGUUGUUGUUAUUACGUCUUCGGGACUCACGAUGUGGUCGUAUUGGUACACGUCUGAGUGGUCUCGCGCAGCACAAAUUCGGGAUGACCUUCAGAAGUUGAUGCGAACCGUGGCCACUCUGCUCUGCAGGGACUUUAACCUGACCCUUGGUGAUGCGGCUCUCCAGCAGCGGAUCGAUACUUUCGUCAGCGACGUCUUCACGUUUGAGAGAGAUUUAGCAAACAUUUCCAAGUCGUCACCUUACAGCAGUAACCGUUACGAUGACGAAGAGAGAGUGUCACUGACUGAACUUAACCGACAGACAAAUAAUGUCAUCAACUGGUCAACGUUUUUCCAGUACAUGUUCACUGGCGCCGGUGUCAGUGGGAACACAAAAGUGGUCAUUCAAAAGAAAGAUUACAUCAUCAGAAUGGCGGAAUAUGUGAACAACUUGGGGGAAAAUAAAACACGAAUUUUAAACAAUUACCUAGCUUGGAAGCUAGCUUACGCGUACCUGCAGGACUUGUCCUGGGAAUACGUUCACGCCAAUCGUCAGUUCUACGUAGACAGGACGGGGAGGGCGGAGUUCCUGGGCACGUGGCGGUACUGCUUCAAUUACGUUUCAACCUCCAUGAACGUUGCCCUAAGCCAUCUGUUUAUCCAGGAUCAUUUUGCGGAUGACAACAAACAAAAGGUGCACGAAAUCGCCUCGUACGUCAAACAAUCUUUGGUGGACCAUUUGUCAGAUUUUAAAUGGAUGGACGAGAAGACGAGGGCAUAUGCUAGAAACAAGGUCCAGGCCAUUGUGGAUAAACUCGGCUACCCUGACUUCAUGAUGAAACCUGAAGAGGUGGACAGGAUGUACGCAACGCUGGAAAUCAACGCAACGGACUAUUUCCAGAACGUUCUAAACAUCAAUAAGUUAUACAGGACAGACUGGACGAAUCUGCUGAGAGAUGGGGAAGACAGAACAAAAUGGCGGGGAAACACCUACGCUACAUUUGCCCAGUUCUAUUACCCUUGGACUGAGCUGUUAGUGCCGGCUGGAAUCCUCCAGUGGCCUAUAUACGAUUACCACAUUCCGCAUUUCCUUAACUUCGGCUCUAUGGGAAGCGUAAUCGCCCAUAUGUAUGUUCAUUCUAUAGACUACAACGGUGCCUAUUACCAAAUAAACGGGUCGUUGCUCAGAGAUGACGAUGGCAAAUUCAUUCGCUGGUGGACAAAUGAUACAACAUUCCGGUACACCGAGGCUAGCAAAUGCUUUGUGGAUUACUACACAAAUAAAACACUGGGGCCUUAUUCAGUGAAUGGAAGAAAACUGACAGUUCCCGCCAAAGCCACAAGCUUUGCUGGAGAAGGAGCUUUAGAAGUUGGUGGUCUAAAGCAAGCUUAUUAUGGGUACAAAAAGUGGGAGGUGGAACACAGCGGAGAGCCGAUGGCACCAGGGCUGGGAUUGACAAAUGACCAGAUGUUCUUCCUAGCCUAUGCUCAGACCUGGUGCUUUGUUCGGAACGACAUCACGUCCUACCAAUACGCCAUGAGAGGUCGAUUACCCGAAAACAUGAAGGUAAACACAGCCGUCUCCCAGAUGAAGGAAUUUAGCAACGCCUUCAAGUGCCCUGUUAACUCCCCUAUGAAUCCGCAGAAGAAAUGUUCGAUUUGGUGAAAACCGUCUAGCUAAAUCCACAUUACAGUGGACUCUAUAUGGUGCUAAUAUACGACAAAAAGUUUUGAUUGAGCUACAAGUCAUAAGGCGAGACACAUGCAAACAGAAAUAGUUCAGAUCUUCUUUCUAGAGAGGUGUUCAGAAUUACAUGUCAAGGUCAUUGAUGAAGCAAUGGUGCCCUGCUCUUACUACCAACAGUUGAUGCCGGUUAUGGUUUGGGAAUUUUUACCACCCUCAUAGGAUGUAAAUAUAUGUUUGUUUGCUGUAUAUUGUGAAAUAUUAAAGCCAUUUUAGAGUGUCAAAAAUCGUCCCUUGUAGAGGAUACAUUUAGAUGUACUUUUUAUUAACUAGGACGAAAUGCUUAAUUCCCCAAUAUAGCCCAUUAUCCUGCAUGUAUAUAUGUAGAUCAUGUAAUCCGUACAGAAUUACAGGUGAGAUUAAAUCCAAUGUAAUGGACGUUUAUAAGCACGCCUGUUGAUGUAGCUGACAGUUUGUUGUCUCAUCGUAUAACUAAAUAUUAUAACUGCAGUUACCUUUGUGACGAUCCACAAAUAUGUAUAUAGGCCUGUAGUUUUCUGGGAUAAUUCCGCGGACGUGUGGCGGGAAGCGCUGGGAACAAAUAGGAAUAACUAGCUCUUAUUUUUAUUACACACACAUAUUAUAUUAACACUCUGUACUCCAGUGAAAUAUGUUAUUUGUGAUUAGAUAUUGACAUUUCAAGAGCAUUUUAUAGUAGAUUAUUAGUCCGAAACAUUUGGUAGAAAUUGUUCGACGAUAUAUGUUGUAUAAUUUAUGUAUCACAUAAAGCUUGUGUUUUGGCAUCACGUUAACUUGAUUAAGCUUUUGUUUGUCUAAUCUUGCUGAACUUAAAACAGCUAGGUCGUGAAUUGCACAAUAUGUUUUCGUGAUAUUAAUACAAAAUGUAUAUUUUAAUUAUAUUUUCAGCCAAAGAAAUAAAUGUUUUUAAAAAAGA